AUGGGUACCAACUCAAAGUCAAAGCUUCCAAAUGCAUGCAAUGGAGAUAGGAUCAGUAGUUUACCAAAUGAAAUUCUUUGCCGCAUCCUUUCCCUCCUUCCAACAAAAGAAGCUGUAAAGACCAGUGUUUUAUCACCGAGAUGGAGGUAUGUGUGGACUCCUAUUCCCACUCUAGACCUUUGUGAUAAGAGCUCGCAAAGAGCAUUGAAUUCAGUUAGCCCCGGUUUCACUGAGUUUGUGGGUCGUCGCCUCUUCACUCAUAGAUUCCACCGAGAUCGAGUGGAGAAUUAUCCUAGUGUUGAAGCUUGGAUUUGCACUGCCAUUAGGCUUAAGGUUGUUGAACUCGAACUUGUUCUUCAUUCUUUAAGCUACCCGUUUGAGUUGCCCGAUAACCUUUUCACGUGCAAGACAUUGGUGGUUUUGAAGCUUUGGCUGGAAUCAAAUGUUACCUUUACUCCUACUUCAGGUUGUUUCCCAAAUCUGAAGUUCUUCCAUGCCAGAAUCCGCAAUCCUGAUGCUGACUCAAUGGAGACGCUCUUUUAUUCUUGCCCUGCACUCGAAGACUUAAUCAUAGAUGGACUUGUUGCAGUUCGUAAAGUUUUGAAUUUUAAUAUCUCUGCACCUAAACUGAAAAGACUCAAAAUAUAUUUGGUCAAAGACGAACCGUGGGAAGAAACUGGGUCCAAUAUUUCUUUCGAAGUCAAUGCUCCAAAUCUUGAAACUUUUGAUCUGGAGGAAGACUUUUUUGCAAACUAUUACCUCAAUGCAAAUCAACUGAGCAAAGCAAACAUUAAUCUCGAAGAUGUGCACAAGUCUGGGCACGAUGACUAUGAACUUGGUUGGGAUUAUCGUCUGCAGAAGCUUUUUGCCGGAAUUAUCAAUGUGAAAUUUCUGUCACUUUCAGCUCCAAUUUUUGGGGAUCCUGGCUGCUACACUGAAGAUAAUUUCCCUUUCCCUAAACUGAAUCGUUUGAACCACUUGGAGUUACUUCUUGACACUUGCUGCAGUUGGAAAGCUCUCAUAGAUCUGCUCAAUAUGUCGCCCCAUCUGGAAUAUCUUGAUUUCACAACUAACAAGAGAUGUAAGGCGGAUCAUCCCUUGGAGGACUCGGCACGUGAAUGGGUUCCACCUGAGUUUGUGCCUGUUUGCUUGUCGUCAUACUUGAAGACUAUAUCCAUACAGGGAAUCGAGGGGCGGCCUGAUGAGAUGGAAGUGACAAAGUACUUGUUGAAGCAUGGUGAAGUCCUGGAUAAGGUGACAUUUUAUACGAGUGCCGUUCGUGCAGAUCACAAGAUGAAGCUGUGUCAAGAUAUUUCAAUGUUCUCAAAGGGUUCGAUGACUUGUCAAAUUGAUUUCCUGGAGAAAUGACAUCUAGGUUUUUAUAUGAUUCCAUUUUCGAGGAAUGGGUCCUUUGCCUUUCUUUGUUGUAAAACAUGAAUUUAUUAUCUGCACCUGUUUUUAACUUUCUUUAUGUUUUCUGUUUAGCAUCGUUAGUUUUGGAGGACUAAUAUUUUGGGAACAUAUUUGCCUUUAACUUAGGAGACAAUAUCUAUUUUCGUCAUGCACUUAUGCGAUGCUUCGC